UUCUUAUGAAUAGAUUGCUUGUGACCUAAAUCAAUAAGAAUUGAGAUCCUUUAGUGGGAAAACUGUUAGAUUGCAUGGAAAAGAUAGCAGUUUUCUCCUUUGAGAUUGUGCGGUCAAAUUCAUCACAUUUCAUUUCUCGGCUUUGAUGCAUGUCAUUGUGUUGUUGUAUUGAGCACUAGUGUAAAGCUCUACAGGGUUUUGUGUUUCAGUGCUCCUGAGGUAAAUUUCCUCGUUUUGUAGAUGUUUUGAACGAGGGCUUUUAUACAAGCCUUUUAAAUCGACUUCUUAAAAGCUCCCUUUUACAAAGCUACAGUCACACACCUGAAUCUCCCUCUGCAUAUGAAGACGGUGGACUGCUGUCAGGCUAUAAAGUAGAAUACAGGCUCUGGUUUUGAUUUGCUCCAACUGACACGACAAGGCAGAGCAGAAGCAGCGUGAGACAUGAAAGGUUUUAUUGUGCUGUUCUGUGUGUUGCCACUGGUGCUGUCGCAGCAGCAACAAAUAUUCCCAUGGGACACACCGGGAGAAACUCCUACUCCAGAUGUUAUCGACCCAUGUCUGACUGACCAGGAUUCGUGCAGCUGUUGUGUGAUGCUGAAGAAAAAAUGGGAGUUAGAACAAUAUUUAAACACCAGUCUUAAUUCGCUGGAGGAUUCGCUGGCAAGAGCACAGACCACACUCAGAAACAUCAGAGAGAAUCAAGUGGCAUUUUCUGUGGGUCUAGCUGACAAGCGACGAUGUGUUGGUCCGGUGAAAGCAGCUGUAACUUUGACCUAUCAGAGUAUCUUUAUCAACAUCGGAGAAGCCUAUGAUUCCACCACUGGUGUGUUCACUGUGCCAAGAUCGGGAGUGUACAAUCUGGCAUUAACCGCGUUCAAUGACGCGGGGUCACCAGGUGCACCUCUGGCCACCUGCGUCAGUAUCAGGCAGAAUGGUGUGGCCCUUGCAGCACUCAGAGAGAAAUACGAUCAAGACCAGGAAGACCAGGCCACCGUUGUUUUACUUGUAGAGCUCCACGUAGGGGAUCUCAUUACCGUCAGUCUCCAGCCUGGCUGCUGGCUGUGUGAUGAUCAGCAUCAUUAUAACACAUUUAGUGGGUUUCUGCUGUAUGCUAAAGAGUAGAGCACAGACACCUAUACAAUAUUUAAGGGAGGAUUACUUGUACCGUUCCUCUAAAUUUAACCCAUAGACGAGCCUGUAGCCAUUAUUAGAUGGCAAAAUAAAAUUGGGCCUCUAUAGGCAGUUUACGCUUGGCAUUAGAAUGGAAUAUAUAUUUGGAUGUUGUCCACAUAUCCAUGAAAAAGACAAUGUGAGUAUAUGGAUUUGUGUGCAGAAGAUCCUGAGAUCUUACCCUAAACCCAAAGUAGUCACCACAUAUGUAUUUAUAUGACAAUGUUAUACAAUAUUAUGCAAACUCCGCCCAUGGCCAUAAUGGUCCAUCGUCUUUCCUACACAUCUGAUGUCCAACUACAAUUGGCGUAAUAUAUAUAAAUGAAGUGUUUGGGUUCCAAAGCGAGAUAACUUUUAAAAAAUCACGUUUUUUAUUAAGUUAUCAUGUUUCUUUUGUUUUAUUUUGUUAGUUAGCUGCUUUUUUUAGUUAUUAUGGCUUAAAUCAAAACAAAACAACUAAAGUUUGACUUGUAUUAACUGGAAUGCACAAUAAAAAAACUUAUUUUGAAACCAAACUCUUUAAUUAGAUAUUUGUAAUGAAAAGAGAUCUGAUCAGUUAUCUGGAUGCAAAAGCUUCUUGGUAUCUCUGUGUUCUGAUUUGCUUGAUAAUAUUUUAGGACAUUUGGGUCUUAGAAGUAAACACAACAAUUUUAUUUUAAGGUAACAAAAUGUU